AUGAUGAAUAAAUGUAUCGAUGACUCUCGUCUGCUUCUAGAUUUAUUUUGUUUUUCUCUUGCACUAUCCAAAUUCUCAGCAACCUUUUUUCUUUCUUCGCGCCGUGAUUAUAUACCCGUGCUCUUUUCGCAGACCGAUCUCCCGUAUCGCAUCUCAAUAGCGCUCUGCCCUCCGCUUCCAACGAUCAUGUCAUCCACCACGGCUAGUUUUCCGACACCGACAAAUCAUUAUACCGACGCUGGGGACGGAUCCUCAGGCACCCAAUCAGGAACUGAUGCCGGCGCUUCUGGAGAUAGUUCGAAGAAUUCCAUCACGCUGUCUACCGGAGGCAUGAUUGCCAUCAUCGUCGUCGUGGUUGUCAUUGCCCUUAUUGGUGCGACUACCGCCACCUUGUUCUUCAUCGCCAAGAAGCGGGAAUGGAAAGUCCGCGAGACGCUUCGACGAUCGGCGCGCAAAGUUGCCGCAGCCCUUACCCCCCGCCGGUCACAAUUUCCUGACUCUGUCAAACGCUCCGUCGGCGCACCCAAAUCCAGUCGCCUGCAGACAGCCAGCAGCAGAGACGGUAUCCUCCGGUCGUCCAGUGAUGAUCUUGAGAAGGGAUACUCUCAGAAAGAGAAGGCAAAGAAAUCGCGGAAAUAA